AUGUACCAGGGCUAUCGAGAAAAAAUCACAAGUGAGACUGUAAAAAACAGCACAGUAUUGGCAGAAUUCUAUCUAGAGACAUUUAAUGUAUCUGAAAAAGGACAACUUGUGGUUUUCAUUGGGGCUUUGCUUAUGUAUAUACUGGCUGUACUCGGAAAUGUCACUAUUGUCACACUUGUAUCUCUGGUGUCCCAGCUGCACACACCAAUGUAUUUAUUCCUGUGCAGUUUAUCAGUACAAGACAUCAUGUACGUAUCUGCUAUUUUACCAAAGCUGUUGGCCAUCACUAUCACAGGAGACACCAGCAUAACGUUCUCAGGCUGCAUUACACAGAUAUUUCUAUAUGUUUUCUGUAUUGAUACAGAAUUUUUCCUGCUAACCUCCAUGGCUUAUGACCGCUAUGUGGCCAUCUGUAUCCCACUGCAUUAUCCUCUUAUUAUGAGCAAAACGGUGUGUGCUCUGCUUAUCACUGUAUCUUGGUUUGGUGGUUUCCUGAACGCAUUUGUUUUUAACAUGAUGGUGUCACAUUUAACCUUCUGUAAUAAACAACACAUCAACAAUUACUUCUGUGAUUUCAUAAUAUUACUGAAGCUCUCUUGUAGUGAUACCACCUAUAUUAUGAAUUACUUUAUACCAGUGGAACUCACCAUAAUUGGUCUGUUACCAUUUACCCUUAUAAUGACUUCCUAUAUCUAUAUCAUAGCCACCAUCCUAAAGAUCCGAUCAUCAUCUGGAAGACUGAAGACCUUCUCCAGCUGCUCCUCCCAUCUCAUAGUUGUUGUACUCUUUUACGGAACUUCUAUUAGCUUGAACAUGAAACCUAAGUCAGAAAAUUCUCUGGAAAUAGAUAAACUGCUUUCCAUGAUUUACAUUGGUGUGGUUCCCAUGGUAAAUCCACUGGUUUAUAGUCUGAGAAAUAAAGAGGUUUUUAAGGCUAUGAAUUUUGUUUUGAAAAAAAUAAAUAAAAUAAAUAUUAAACAUUACCACGUGCUAUUAUAUGGGUAA